AUGGAACGUCGAUCGCGGAGCUGGGCCCUCGGCCUCAGCAUCAUUGGGUUUUUCGCCCUUCUCUUCUCUGCUGGCUUUGUCCAGCAAGUAAAAGCGGACGAUGUCUCGGAAUAUGGCACUGUUAUCGGUAUUUUCUAUACAAACGACGGCGUCGUCGAUUUCUCGAACCACCCCGCCGCUGCUGCUCUGGUCUUUGGCGCAGCUGCGAGCACUUGUGACACGGUGUCAACUUUGACAGAUCGGCAGUGCGGGGUGUGCGGGAGCAAAAGCAGACUUGGGAAGCAGGAAGCUAACUAA